UUACAGAAGGCAAGGGCGCUCGAUAAUCAGAUGUACGUUUCUGCCAUUUCACCUGCCCGUGAUGAAAGUGCUUCCUACGUUGCCUGGGGACACAGCACAGUGGUAAAUCCUUGGGGUGAAGUAGUUGCUAAGGCCGGUCACAUGGAGGACACUAUUUAUGCUGACCUGGACAUCAGGUACCUGGAAGAUGUCCGACAACAGGUACCAGUCCAGUUCCAAAAACGAACUGAUGUUUAUAAGCUCAGUGAAGCAGUUUGACGCCUGCCAAUAAAUGUCUACAGAUGCUACACUCUUACAGUAUGGAAAGAAGAGACGAAAUCAUGCAAAAUUCAUAAAGAAGGAUGCCAUGGGAAUAUAACAGCAAAGUUACUAGCUAUUAAAAUAGGUUUGGAAGUUGAUAUAUGUGGUAUAAUGGACAAGAAGGGAUAAUUGAGGGAUGCAUUUAUGUAACAAAUGUCAGGUUUAUUGGACAUCGUAGAGUGAGAUAUCGUGGAUUUGUUUCUGGCAAAGAAAUGAUCAUAAUGUAUUAAACUUGAUUUGAGUGUAUUCUGCACUGUGCAGUAAUCCGCAACUUAAUAUUUAGGUAUUGGGAACUUUGUAUUUUUCAAUUAUCAUGAAUAAUAAUGAAAGAACUCAGGGUUUAUUUAUAUUUUAAUCACUUGAAAAAUCAAUCACUUAUUAUCAAAUCUGUGGGAUAUAUUUUCUACUAGGUUGUUGAAUAUUUUGGCCAAAGGCUAGAGAGAUGCUUUGACAUCGCCCCACAAGCCAACCUACUGGGUAGAGAAACAGGCUAGGCCUACUCAUAACCAUCAUUUUAAUUUUACUAGUAGUGUUUCUGUUGGUAGUGAGUUCAGUGAGUAAGAACGAGUGAUGCUCACUGAAACUUUUGGAUUUAUUUCCAAAGGAGUGGACAAAUACAAGUACUGUACUUCAUUGCAGAAAUAGGACAUGUUAACAGACAAAAUUGAUAAGGAUAAGUAUCACCAAAAGUUGGGUGUCUGUAGCAGAAUGUUACCUUUUUUUUUGGUUGUAGGCCAGAUUGUUGAAAUCCAGUUUGCCGAAUGCCAGAUUGCUGAGACCACUUUUUGCAGAAUCAUAGUUUGCCGAGUACCAGUUUACCGACUUAAAAACAAUGAAUCCCAGUUGCCGAAAUCCAGUUAUUACUGGAUAGGAUUGGAUUUAUUCGGUGUAAACACCAAGGAUAGCCCACGAAAGUCUAGAAGAAGACU